AAAUAAAAAUUAAACGAAACGCGCGCGCGAUGUCGCCGACGCCGACGCCGCCGCCAACAGCUGUCGGUAGCGGUAGUGAGGGGAUAUUAUGCCGCGCGCACGCCGACGAAGAGACCUGAUCGUCGUGUGGUCCGGACGUGCCGCAGCCGACAGAGCCAGUGCGUCGUGUUCGCUUCGCCGUCUCCGUCCGUUCGCGUUUUUACCUCGCCUCGCCGCUACGCGUAUUUUAGGCACCGGGCACCUGUCGUUGUUAUUAUUAUCGUCAUCGACGUCGCCAAAGUCCGUCGGGCCGUCGUCGACAUCAAGUCGACUCGUUGUGCGUUUAUAUAAUUUUUUUUUUUUUUUUUUUUUGAUACAUUCGUUUUUCGAUCAGAGUUCGCCGCGAGUAUUCGAAUUGCUCCGAUAUAGCAAACCCGUCCGUUGCUGCUGAACGACAGCCGGUCCCGUUCGCGGGUCGUCGGUUUUAAACGUGCCCGGUGGGAAGGAAGAACAAAAACGAUAUUGUUCUCCGUCGAAAUCCGAUUUUUUUCGCCGAGACGCCGCGUGUGCGGUUCGCCGUGUGUAUAGCCGUAAUAUAAUACGAUUUAUUAUAGUGACGUCCGCCGUAUACCUAGGUCUUAGAAAAAUAAGAAAUUAAAGAUUUAACUGCCGUCGGCCAAAGGUUUUUACCUCGAGAACGAUCAUCUUCGCUCGGACAUGUCCUGCCGGACAACGUGAUCAUCGGUUAUCCUGGGUCGUGCGCCCGCUGCUUCCGAGGCCGACACGCAACAUUAUAGCUGCCACCACCGCUACUACCACAAAACGCCGCUGACGCAUAGAGACGUUGAUGGAUUAAUUAAGAUCUCGAUGGAGUGUGAUGACAGGUUAGUCAUCAGUCUAAAGUCGAUAAUGCAGAGUAUGCAUCGGAUAACCGUUAUCUGCUACUGACGAGAAAAGUCUUGACGCAAUUAUGGGUGCGUUGAUAUGGUUGUUGGUGAGCGCAGCGUUCUUCGCCGAGUGGGCGACGACCACAGUACCUGGUGUGGUGCGGUUUGCAGUCAUAGCACCAUUGAAUGCAUCCAAAAAUGAAGAGACGUUGGGUGCCAUUUUGCCAUCUGUUAAAUUGGCUGCAGAAGCAAUCGCUCAGCCUAAAGGAUCGUUGCCAGGAUGGAAGAUAAAUAUCGAAUACAGGAAUGGAAAAUGUUCAUCCACAGAAGGUCCACUGGCAGCAUUUGAAGUACACACUUUUAGUGAUCUGUUCCUGGGACCGGUGUGCGACUACGUGAUCGCUCCCGUGUCGCGGUACGCGGGCGUGUGGAAGAUACCGGUGCUGACGGCGGGCGCGCUGGCCGAGAACUUCGACAACCGUUCCGAGUACCCGACGCUGACCAGGAUGAUGGGCUCGUACAAGCUGGUCGGCGAGGCGCUCCGGCACAUACUGCACGUGUUCGGCUGGAACGUGGCUGGUUUGAUGUUCUACAAUCACGGGCUCAACUCGCUUAUGGGCAACUCCAAGUGCUAUUUCACGCUGUCGGCCGUGUUCAUCGCACUGGGUCUGAAGCCCGUGCACAAGAGCUUUAACGACACCGACAACAGAGACUCGUUCAAAAAAUUGCUCACCGAGUUGUCGCACAGCGCACGAAUUAUGGUGGUGUGUGCCAAUCCGUUAACAGUCAGGGAAAUACUGUUGGCCGCUGAAGAACUCAACAUGAUUGAUAGUGGAGAAUACGUAUUUUUCAACAUUGAGCUAUUCAGCAGUCUGAACAACGGAUCCUUAACACCAUGGUACGUGGGCAACGACACAGCGGAGCGGAACGAGCGGGCAAAAAAAGCGUACAGCGCACUGCUUACGGUGACGGCACGUACGCCCAACAACGAGGCGUAUCGCAACUUUUCCGUCGAGGUAAAACGCGUGGCCGAAGAAAAAUACAACUUCACGUUUGGCAACGAAUCCGUGUCCACGUUCGUGACAGCGUUCUACGAUGCGGUGUUGCUGUAUGGACUGGCGCUUAACGAGACGCUGGCGAGGGGCGGCAAUCAGUCCGACGGGACGGCCAUCGUCAAAGCCAUGUGGAACAGGACUUUUACGGGGAUCACCGGUGACGUCAAUAUCGACGCGAAUGGCGACAGGAUCGCCGACUAUUCACUGCUCGACAUGGACCCAACGACACACGAAUUCAAGAUAGUGGCAAACUAUAUUGGAAAAAAUCAAUCGUUAGAAUACGUGCCGGGCAUGAGCAUUCAUUGGGCCGGUGGCAGAACAAGCCCACCACCGGAUAUACCGAGCUGUGGAUUUGACAAUUCUCUUUGCAAAACAAUGCCUGGUUAUGCAAUACUCAGUAUAGUCCUCAGUUCAGUUGUAGUGAUCCUCGCAAUAGCUUCAGCUCUUAUAUACAGACAUUAUAAGCUUGAAGCUGAAAUCGCAUCCAUGACGUGGAAAGUCAAUUGCAAUGACAUCAUACGAGUGCCGCAGGAAAAAUGGAGAAUGAGCAUGACAAGUCUGAUUAGAAGAAACAGCCAAAGGACCGUUAUAUCAGAUGACCUCAUGAGCCUCAUGAGUCAAUGUGACUAUGGACGCCAAAUAUUCAUUCAAACGGCAUUUUACAAGGGUAAUAAGGUUGCACUAAAAACGUUAAAGAGAUCGCGCUUGGAGUUGACACGUCCUCGCCUGCUGGAAUUGAAAAGGUUGAAAGAUUUGCAUCAUGACCAUUUAGUUCAGUUCUAUGGAGCGUGCAUAGAACCCAAUUACUGUUGGCUAUUGACCGAGUAUUGUCCCAAAGGAAGUUUACAAGACAUUCUUGAAAAUGACCAAUUUAAACUGGAUUGGAUGUUCCGGUACAGUCUGAUGCAUGAUAUUGUUAAAGGAAUGUGCUAUUUACAUAGUAGCGAACUUCGCUCUCACGGCGGUCUCAAAUCUAGCAAUUGUGUGGUUGAUAGUAGAUUUGUUCUGAAAAUUGCCGACUUUGGUCUUAGAAGUCUUCGAAAUAGUCAUACAAAUGAAUCGAAUAGUGACAGUGAUUCUUACGCUUACUGGAAAGGAUUCUUGUGGACCGCACCGGAACUUUUGCGGAUCAGACAUCCACCUCCGGAAGGUACGCCCAAAGGUGACGUAUAUUCAUUCGCCGUGAUUGUCCACGAGAUCGUCACUAGACAGGGUCCGUUCUACCUCGGAAACAACGAAUCGUUAUCACCCAAAGAAAUCGUAGACAGUGUGAAAAGCAAAGAAAAAUGUCUAAGGCCAAGUGUAGCGGAUUUAAGCUGUGACGAGGAAGUAGGUGUGUUAAUGAAACGAUGCUGGACGGAAGACCCUGCUGACCGACCUGAUUUUACCACACUCAAAGCAGUCAUACGGAAAUUAAACAAGGACUACGAAAGCAACAAUAUUCUUGACAACUUGUUAUCUCGUAUGGAACAGUAUGCCAACAAUUUAGAAGCAUUGGUCGAAGAAAGAACUGCAGACUAUUUGGAAGAAAAAAGAAAAUGUGAAGAACUACUGUAUCAAUUGCUUCCUAAGUCCGUUGCUAGUCAAUUGAUUUUGGGACAAUCUGUGGUAGCUGAAACUUAUGACAACGUGACAAUCUACUUCAGUGACAUCGUGGGUUUCACAUCUCUGAGCGCCGAAAGUACUCCACUUCAAGUAGUAGAUCUGCUCAACGAUCUUUACACAUGUUUCGAUUCUAUUAUAGAGAACUUUGACGUGUAUAAGGUGGAAACCAUCGGUGAUGCUUAUAUGGUUGUGUCUGGACUUCCGGUACGCAACGGAAACUUACACGCCCGUGAGAUAGCUCGAAUGUCACUCGCUCUACGAUCAGCCGUUCACAGUUUCACCAUCAAACACAGACCAGACGAUCAACUUAAGUUGCGUAUCGGUAUGCACACUGGACCUUGUGUAACCGGAGUGGUCGGACUUAAAAUGCCAAGAUACUGUUUAUUUGGAGACACGGUCAACACAGCCUCGAGAAUGGAAUCCAACGGACAAGCGCUGAAAAUCCACGUGAGUCCGCAAACAAAAGAAGUGCUCGACACGUUUGGCACGUUCGACUUGGAACUCAGAGGCGAAAUCGAGAUGAAGGGCAAAGGAAAAGUGACGACGUACUGGUUGUUGGGCGAGAAAACUCCUACCGCCGAAAUGGCUCCUGUGCUUCCGGUUAAACCGAUCGGAUCGUUUUCUAAAUUACACGCAACAAACAGCGUCGGGUCAUCGUCCACCAAGUCCGUGGCCAACAGCAUAGCCAACCACAACAAUAUCAGCGCGUCCACGCCGCUUUUACAAGGCGACAACGGCUAAGAAGAUUCAUACAAUUUAGUAUUUUUUUUAAAUUUUUUUUUAUAUACAUACAUAAAAAUAAUUAUAUUAUUAUAGUCACUCAGGAAAAAACCAAAUAAAAAAAACCAUUACCCCUCCACUUCAAACUCUCUACACCCCUCCCGAUCUACGCGCGUUUAUUCAAAUGGUAUUAUGUAUGCAAUACGCAUUUUCGUGUUUAUAGUACUGUAUAUAUAUUUAUAUAUCGUCUGCUGCAGUCUAGAACUUUCCUUCUCGAUCGCAAACCUCUCGCCGCUUAUCGUCACCACCCUUCCGCUCUCACCCAUAGUCGCGAUUUUUGUCACAGACACGUAAUAAGUACAUACGUAAGCGCGCUGCAGACUAUGUAAUAUAAUAAUAAUAUCGUAACAAUCAUAUCGUCUGCGGCGAAAGUCAUCUUCGGUGGCAGACUGUCUAAUAUAUAUAUAUAUAUAUAUUUAAGUCGCGGAUAAACUAAAAUCGAUGAUAAAAGCAUUUCGCCAUUGUCGCGUAUUAGGUUACGAUAGGUACCACCUACUCUGCAGUCAAAAGUCAAACUCACUCGUCUCUCACGACAAUGUGUAAGUAAUGUAUAUAAAUGGACCGACACGAUGACUGCCGGUGAUCUCCUUGCACGACAGCCGUCCAUACGAAAUAUCGUCGCCAACUGAAAUGUCAUAAAAUUCACUGCUAAAUAAAAUAUAUUAUUACGAUCGUUCCGCGGAGAUAUGAUUGUUGUACAACGCACGUGAUCAGUCCGAUCGUACGAUAAUAUUAUUAAGCAGCUGCGACAGUAUAACGCAAUAUAUUGGCAUAAAAUGCUUUAUAUUUACGUCAAAAUAACGCAAUUGUGGCGGCCGAGGUGACGAUGGCGGGGGACGGUUGAUUUGGGGGUCUGUGUGAACGUGUAUGGGGUGUAACGAGCGUGUGGGAACUCGGGGGGGAGGGAGGGAGUGAUAAACGGCAUAUACCUAUAUAGUAUUGCCGUGUGCAAUUGUGGGUGUCCAACACGACACGACCGCGACUGAACAUCGAACGGCGACGUGGCUUAGCCAGGGGACCAUGACAAUAAUAAUAUUAUUACAUCCGGUACCCCUCCCCCCUCCCAUCAUGACUUUAAUCGACGGAUUCGUACGUACCGCGAGAUGAAUAGUUCGCUGCUGCGGCUGUCAUCGGCAUUGCGGCUGAUGAUCAUAUAUUUUUAUAAUCCAUAUCAUUAUGAUAUAAUUAUAUCACGUAAAUCAGCCGAAGUUUUUUGCCGACCGCACGCACAAGACACCCGGUUACGAUAACAAUAAUAAUGUGCGUAAAUUAUAGGUACUAUGUAUAAUAUAUAGUAUGAUAUAUUACCUAGGUAUGCGGACGAGCGGUUAUAUAUUAUGUUUUUUACGUGCUGUAAAAAAAUAGUCGUAGCGGUGUAUAAUGUCCGCGCGCUGCGAUGCCGGUGAUCGGAGAGAAGAAUGAGCUGCUGUAAUAAUCGUGAUUGCGGUGCGACCACACUUUCUCAGUUAAUAUUUUAUCAUUACCCGUCGUCGUCCGUCGUUAUAAUCCCAUUCGGCAUCGUAUAACUACACCUACCAAUGUAUUAUGGCCAUAACUAUAUAAUAAUAUAUUAAUAUAUGCCGGCGACCAGCAACCGUGUAGGUAAGGUAUGAUAUAUUUAGCACGUCGUGUCGUCGUGAUAUCAUAUAACCACUGCUGGAACGCGCGACAAUCAUAACGAUCUUGUGAGGUCGACGAUGAUGUGGGAGAACUACCCCAUCCUGGGCGGCGUUGUAAUUGCCACGGUUUAUGAUAUUGUAUAUGUAUAAUAUUAGAAUUAGAUAGAUUUACUACGCGAUCGGGCGAGAGGGAUUGUCCGACGACGGACUAUUCUGUUUUGUGACGACAUAUUAUUAUUAUUAUUAUUAUUAUUAUUAUUAUUGUUGUUGCUAUUAUUAUUACUACCUAUAUAGAUUUUAAUAUUUUCUCGUCGAGGCGUGCAAAAGAAUGCACACUCUUGUCGUACUUAAAAGUAAUUUAUAUUCCCAUUUUAUAAAACCAUAAUAUUAUAUUGUAAAUCGAGUAGAUUAGAUCUUUAAUAAUAUUAUGGGUGCCUCCAGUCUUUUAAUGCGUUCAGAUAUUAUACAACAGACUAGUGAUACACGAGUUCGAUAAUACCGUGCUUUCGUCCUAAAAACUGUGCAGAAAAACUAGUUUAAAAGUCGAGUGUAUUUAAAAAAUGUUUUUCCCGGUAAAUUGUAUAAUUCAAUUACCUGUUAAUUGAAAAAUCUAUUUACAAAAAAAAAGUCUAAAUCAUGACUAUAUUUAUGGUUGAUAGGUUAUACCUAUCUACGCAUUUAUUUUAAUUAAAGACUUAAUUAUUUCAGUAAAAUAAUAGACAAUUUCGUUAAAAAUAUUGGCAAAAAAAUAAAUAGGUUUCAUAAAAAAUAAUAUCCAGUCUGGAAAUCGUCAGGUUUGCAAUGAUUUACUCUUACACAAGUAUUAAAAGAAAGUAUUAAAAUAAUAUUUUACAACACAUUUGUAUUUUUCAUCCAUUCUGUUCCUAUCGAGUAACAGCAAAUCGAAUAAAACAACAAAAAAACCUGUAUGCCCCGACUAAACUCAACUUAGUUCAUAUUAUUUUCCUGAAAGUAUAAGACCCGAACUAUACGGUUAUUAGAAUUUCAUAAUAUCUUAAUAUAACUUUUAACUGACGCUAUACAAAAAAAAAAUAACAUGACAAUUAAAAAAAAAAUGAUUUUUUAAAUUUAAUGAUAUAUAAAUAUUGUCUAGAUCUUGCUGAUCAAACUAAAGCAGAUAUUAUUAGGUACUGUUAUUUUUCGAGUACUUGCAAUAAAACGCAAUAGGGACAACGGCGGUUAUCGGUACUUACCGAUUUACUGAUUUCCCUCCCGCGGAUCUUAAUUUCAUUUCAUUUCGAUCGCGUCGAUGUUGUUAUUGUUAUUAUUGUGUAGGUAUGUAAUGAUGGCGCUGUGUUGACUAUUGGAUUAAAAAAUAAUAAAAAAAAACCCGCAUAAACGCGUAUUGUUAUUAUAAUAAUGUUACGCUAUUGAAAUUGUAUUUGUAAAACGGUUCGUCGUAGCGCGACUAGGUGGUAAAUACUAAAUAAUAAAAACAACUGCGGCGGCGAGUUAAUUACAAAAUAUAACUACUAAGUUAUUGUUGUUAAUUUGUCGAUGUAAUGUGUAUAUGUAGAUAGGUAUCUACUGGCUACUUAGUAUUUUUAAUACGUAUUCAUUCGUUCUAAUAGUAUUAGGGUCUCUUUAUCAAUCUGCCUCGUCCCUUCUCCCUCCUCCACCCCUUUUAUACAAUUUAUUUUAAUGAUUAAAUGUUUAAUAAUAUUAAUUAUAUAACUGACGCGAACCAUUUUUUUUAUAUAUAUAAUAUACUAUAAUUAUUUUGUUUUAGAUAAUAAUUAAAUUUAAAAAAUCAUUCAUACGUUUUAAGUAUGAUUCUAUAUAUUAUAAUUUAUGUAUAAAGUUAAAUAUUAUAUUGUAUUAUUAUAUUAAUAUCCUUUUAUCUACUGGUUUUCAACAAUGCGUAAACAGUGUGCAUUCGAUGUGAUUGCAUAAUAUAUUAUAUAAUAAUAUAGGUUAGUUAUUAUAUUAUUUUAUUAUGUUGUGUAUUUUUUUUAUUAACGCUAACAAAACUGUUGUGGCUACCAAAAUAUAUUUUACAUAUUGUACAAUAAUAUCUACAUAAUGUCGAUUCAAUGGUAUACCAAUGACUUACUGCAUGCAGCUGCAGCAUGCGCUAGAAAUGCCUUUUAACAUUGUUAUUUAUUUUCUCCUCGACUAAAAACCGAGCACGUCAUCGUUUAAGUGUCACAAGUUUUUUUUAAAUAAUUUAUUAGGUGGGUGAUAUUUAUUAUAUCAGCCGUAUUAAUAAGUUCGAUAAAUACGGCCGGGGCUAGGAAGCACAAAAUGAUAACAAUAUUAUAUAGAUUCCACGGAGUUUUAAGACAAUCAUCGACAAAUAUUAAUAACAGUUUAAUCUAUUAUUAUAUGAUUUUAUAUCUAUACAAUUAUUAUUCUCGUUUUGUUACCGCUUUGUGUUAAUUAAAUAAUAGUCGUUAAUAUUAUUAUUUUUUUUUUUUUUUUAUAAAGUUUAAUAACUAUAUUAUGCGUAUACCUAAUAAGUUGUGUUUUAACUCAUUAAAAAAAAAAAGGCGAAAAAAAGAAAAUUCGUGAUCUCAUUUUGUCCCCAACACUAUAUAAUAUAAAAUACCUAUUACAUUAUAUAAUAUAUUAUAAUUUAUUAAUUGUAUUAUCCUUUUGUAUUAUUAUUGUUCUAUAUUACUAUAUUAUUCGGCUUUACUUGUUUCUAUUUUUAUUUUUAUUUUUUUUUUUUUGAUGAAACCAUACUUAAUAUUUUGUUUCUCUAGAGUUAAUGCCUAGAGUACCUAUUUAUUAUAAUAUAAUUUCAACGUUAUUACUCAGAUUAGAGUUGUAUCAAAUAAUAUUAUAUAUUAGACCCGAGUGUUAUAUUGCAGGUAAAUAAUAUAACACAUAAUAUUUGCGUAAUUCGCUUUAAUAUAUAAUAUAGAAAAAUCACAAUCGAACACAUAAACUAACAUAAUGUUGUAUAAUGUAUUGUAUAAAAUCAAAUACAUUCCUAAAAUUUAUGAUAAUACUGUUUACCCAUAAUAAUAUAUUAAAUAUAAGUAGUAUGUUUAUGUAUUUUAUUUUGCUGUAUAACGCUUUUGGUUUGAUUUUGUUAUCGUGUCGCUCGUUAAAUGUCGUUGGAACGAAAACGUAAUAGAAGUAUUAAACUACAAUGUAUUCAUACGAAAACAAUAAUUAUAUGUUUAUCGAUGUUUUUGUUAAGUGAAAUUUAUGUGUGCAACAUUAUUAUUAUUAUAAUAUAUAUAUAUAGUUAUUAAAUGAUAAAUUGUUAUGAUUCACAUUAUAAGCCAUAUCAAAACGAAUGGACCAUCCUGUGCAUGUAACCACGAGUGAACAUAUUACUGUUGAUUUCUAUUAUAAAUGUAUAAUUAUUAUUAUAAUAUUACCUAUAUAUUAUUAUUAUUAUAUACCUACGUGCGCAUAUAUGUGCGCCCGACAGUAUAAUUUCGUAUUGAUUGUACUGGAGGACCAAAUAAGAUUAAUAAUCAUAGUAAAAAAAUGCGAUUAAUAUAAUACGGAACGAUUUACUACGAAAUUCAUUGACACACAUAAUUAAUUAGUAUUUGUUUAUUUCGUUUAUUUUUUGGCGAUGUUCUAAAAUUGAUUUCACAACAAUUAUAUCUGACCUUAAAUAACGAAUAAAUCGUAUAAUAUUAUCUGAUUCUAAAAAAAUAUAUACGUUAUGACUAAAAAAUGUAUUGUUAUUGAUGUUUAUAUUUAUCACACUAAAUGUGAUGAUAAAUAGGUCUUAUUUUGAUUAAGUAUAAUUAUUAUUAAAAUAAUAUAAACCGUCUUUUCGAUACCACGAAAAAUAAAAAAAUAAAAACAAAAGAUUCAUUUUCAGUAAAUCGUUUUGUAUAAAAUAUUAUGACGCAUUGUAUUAUUGUACAUAAUAAGCUAGUAUUUAAUAAUGAUAGGUGAUAAAAUGUAUUCUAGUUCUUGUUUGUGUUUUCAUUCGAAAUAAUUAAUAUGUCAGUACAUUAUAUUAUAUUAAAUAAUAGUUGUAAUAACUAAA